AUGGUCCGCCAACAAGACGCCCACCAAGGCGGCAGCCUCUCAGACAUGGCACCGACAGGCACAGAUUUGCCCAACGACGCAGGCAAAAUGCGCACCAUCCCCUCAGUCCCACGCCCAGACCAAAGAGCCGACCACUUCGGCUUCGACAACGCCGGCAUAGCCGAACCGUCCACAGCAAUGGCCGCCGACAACGCCACCGACGUGCCACGCUCAACCCGUGACGUCGGCGAGAGCGGCGAGGUGAUUUCCGGUACCGGGAACUCCAUGCCGGCUGGCGUGGAGGCUAAGCAUUCUUAUAUGGGUGCUAAUCAUCAUGCUGGUCAUGGUGAUACUCGUGAAUUGAAGCAUCAGAAGUAUACUCGCAGUGAGUUUGAGCGGUAUGCUAAGGAGGAUGAAGAUUCGGGCGAGUUUGUUGGUCAGCAUAAUAUGCGCAAUGAGUAA